UUGGUCAGGAUGUGGUUCUCUAUACACACAUAGAGGAAGACUCACAGCAUCGACACAUGAUGGAGAUCACAUCGCUCUGCCUAAUGCUCUGUUUCACCCCCCUUGGAGCCACACUGACCAUCACUCCCAACAGAUCUCAGUUCUUUCAGUAUGACAAAAUCUCUGUGAGGUGUCCGGUGCAGGAAAACUCCAGCGGUUGGACAGUGCAAAGAACUACCUCACUGAAGUCGUUUGUGGCAUGCACAGUCUGGGGGAAACCAGGUGAGUCCUCCUGUACCAUUGAUGAUGCCUUGCCAUCUGACACCGGAGUGUACUGGUGUGAGUCUGAGCAGAGGGAGUACAGCAACAGCAUCAACAUCACAGUGACAGAUGGUGUUGUGAUCCUGGAGAGCCCUUCACUUCCUGUGGCAGAGGGAGACAAAGUGACACUUCGCUGUUCCUACAAGGAAGAAGACCAAGAUAAGUCUACUUCAGAUUUCUCUGCUGCGUUCUACAGAGCUAAUGUUUUCAUCGGUACUGAGAGAGGAGAGAUUAUCCUUCAAUCGGUGUCCAAGUCUGACGAAGGUUUCUACGAGUGUGAACACCCCAGAAAAGGAAAGUCAAAGCGGAGCUGGCUGGCUGUGAGAGCUCAGCCUACAGGUUUUGCUCCUCCUCCGCCUCCUCCUCCUUCUUGUCCUCCUCCUUCUUGUCCUCCUCCUCCUCCUCCUCCUCCUCCUCCUUCUUGUCCUCCUCCUCCUCCUCCUCCUCCUCCUCCUUCUUGUCCUCCUCCUCCUCCUCCUCCUCCUCCUCCUGCUGUCAUGUCUCUGCCCAACCUGGUGUGUCCCAUCCUGCUGUUCAUCCUCUACAAUGCCAUACUCAUCUUCUGUGUAUACACGUACAGAAGGUGGGCUCGAGCUCGAGCUAAUGCUAAAAGGGGAGCUGCAGGAAUCUGAUCAUGUCCUACUGGAAUAACAAGGAGAAGAAGAAGAGAAGGAGGAGGAGCUACAAUUUGUGACAUUGAACAAGAAACAUUAAAAUCCAUUCAUCUACUCCUUCUACCUUCAAAUUCUGUUCAUUUGUAACGUUUUCCUGUUGGACACAAGAUGUCUCCUACUUCACUGUAGAUCCAUUCUCAGUGUAUGUGCAAUGGUGGCUUCACUAGUCUAAGUUACAGACUGGACCAGGUUUGACUUCCAAACUAUUUGUGAUGUACGGUCAUACAUAAUGCCCCUUAAAAUCUGAUUUUCAAUGAGCACAGAGAAACUUUCCACUUUCACGAAUGUGAAAACAUCCUUCUAGUGUCAAACUCUGCACACAUGCACACUUAUCAAUCUGUACAGUAAAGAUCAAAUAUCCAAAAAGAAAAAGAUUUUGAGUUGAGGAGGACCAUUAUGCACGCACUAAACCGUUUUAAAACAAUCUGGUUCUUGCAUCUGAUGAAUUUUAUGUUUAAACAGACAAAAAAGUGGCAAAUGUCAAAUUGUCAAUAAGCUUGAUGCUAUAUAUGUUAUUUUUCUUAUUCCCAUGUAACAGUGUUUGUAUUAGCUGACAUUUUUUACAUUUCAGAGGCUGAUGCCUCAACCCAUUAAGAUGCAUUAUGAUGACAAUCAGUGGGCAACUCUUCACCCAGUGGUGCAUAGGUAAUGACCUAUGCCUCAACAACACCAGGAUGAAGGAGCUCAUCUUUGACACUUGCAACAGGCUCACUACUCCUUAUUUCCCCACAUCCAAAGUUUUAUUGAUUCUAUCCUGCUGUACUUCCUCUAUAGAGCACAAUAAAUAAUCAAUCUGUUUUUCUGAGCUAAUGAAAAGUUGACUUUUUAGACAGUGGUUCUCCACUUUUUUUUUGGGCAGCGUCCUCCUAUCUGUUAUCCAGGUCCCUUUACAACCCCAAAUAAAAUGUAGGCUAAUUGUCUUCCCUUAAAUUAAUUUUGAUUUUAUUCUGUAUAUAAUAAUAAUAAAGACUACUACUGCUACUAUUAUCACUAA